AGCAAAAAAGACAGUGCCUCCAGCUCACAGACACUAGAUACAGUCUCACAACUUCUACUGCUUGCUCUUUGUUCACACUUGCACUAGGUUUCCUCUCUUUCUCCGCUUCCACCCAAAAAUCAAAGAGCAAUGUGGUACCCUCUACCUCCUUCUUCUUCCUCCUCCACUCACUAAACCAAAUCUUGAAUCAACAGUGAGAAAUAAAAACCGUAUCUUUCUCCGUCAAUGGCUUUCAUCUUCUUCCUCUUCCUCUUGACCCUUUUCUCUCCUUCCUCUUCAAACGACCUAAACUCCUUGACUUACAUCGUCCACGUAGACCACGAAGCUAAACCCUCAAUCUUCCCCACACACCGUCACUGGUACACCUCCUCACUCACUUCCACUUCUUCCUCCAUCAUCCACACAUACGACACCGUUUUCCACGGCUUCUCCGCUAGACUCACCGCUCAAGAAGCUACUCAGCUCCUAGACCAUCCUAAUGUCAUCUCUGUUAUCCCCGAGCAAGUCCGUCACUUGCACACCACUCGCUCCCCUGAGUUUCUCGGCCUUAGGUCCACCGACAAAGCGGGUCUCCUCGAGGAAUCCGACUUCGGGUCGGAUCUUGUCAUCGGAGUCAUCGACACGGGUAUCUGGCCCGAGAGGCCGAGCUUCGACGACCGUGGCCUCGGCCCAGUCCCCACUAAAUGGAAAGGCCAAUGCGUCCCCUCACAAGAUUUUCCGGAGACGGCGUGUAACCGGAAACUCGUCGGAGCAAAAUUCUUCUGCGGCGGGUACGAAGCAACCAACGGGAAGAUGAACGAAACGACGGAGUUUCGCUCCCCCCGCGACUCCGACGGCCAUGGAACCCACACCGCCUCCAUCUCCGCCGGGCGUUACGUUUUCCCCGCGUCGACUCUCGGCUACGCUCGGGGCGUCGCUUCCGGGAUGGCUCCCAAAGCUAGGCUCGCCGCGUACAAAGUCUGCUGGAACUCCGGCUGCUACGACUCCGACAUCUUAGCCGCGUUCGACGCAGCCGUCGCCGACGGCGUCGACGUCGUCUCCCUCUCCGUCGGCGGCGUCGUGGUUCCUUACUACCUCGACGCCAUCGCCAUCGGAGCCUUCGGAGCCAUCGACCGAGGGAUAUUCGUCUCCGCCUCCGCCGGAAACGGAGGUCCCGGCGCUUUAACGGUGACGAACGUCGCGCCGUGGAUGACGACGGUCGGCGCCGGAACUAUCGACCGCGACUUCCCGGCGAACGUGAAGCUCGGGAACGGUAAAACGAUUCCCGGCGUUAGCGUUUACGGUGGACCGGAUCUGGAUCCGAGUAAAAUGUACCCGCUUGUCUACGGUGGUAGCUUGCUCGGCGGCGACGGUUACUCAUCGUCUCUGUGUAUAGAAGGCUCGUUGGAUCCGAGUUUGGUGAAAGGUAAGAUAGUUCUCUGCGACAGAGGUAUCAACUCCAGAGCCACCAAAGGGGAGAUCGUGAGGAAAAACGGUGGAGUGGGGAUGAUUAUAGCGAACGGUGUAUUCGACGGCGAAGGUCUAGUCGCUGACUGCCACGUGUUACCUGCCACAUCGGUUGGUGCUUCGGGAGGUGAUGAGAUCAGGAGGUACAUCUCUGAGACUGCGAAAUCUCGCUCGUCGAAACAGCCAACGGCUACGAUCGUUUUCAAAGGGACCCGGCUUGGGAUCCGACCCGCGCCCGUUGUUGCGUCUUUCUCCGCUCGCGGGCCUAAUCCCGAGACGCCGGAGAUUAUUAAACCGGAUGUUAUCGCACCCGGUUUGAACAUUCUCGCUGCUUGGCCUGACAAGAUCGGUCCAUCGGGGGUUCCUACCGAUAACCGGAGGACGGCGUUUAACAUUUUAUCAGGUACUUCGAUGGCGUGCCCGCACGUGUCGGGUCUUGCAGCUUUGCUCAAGGCGGCUCAUCCUGAUUGGAGCCCCGCGGCGAUAAGGUCUGCGUUGAUGACUACGGCUUACACGGUGGAUAACCGAGAUGUGCAAAUGCUGGAUGAGUCAACGGGGAACGCGUCUUCGGUUAUGGAUUACGGGUCGGGUCAUGUUCACCCGACCAAAGCUAUGGAUCCAGGACUAGUCUACGAUAUAACAUCUUACGAUUACAUUAAUUUCUUGUGUAACUCCAACUACACAGGAACCAACAUUGUGACUAUAACACGGCGUAAAGCUGACUGCGAUGGUGCUAGACGCGCGGGACACGUUGGGAAUUUGAACUAUCCGUCGUUCUCCGUCGUGUUUCAGCAGUAUGGUGAGAGUAAACUGUCAACACAUUUCAUUAGGACAGUGACAAAUGUUGGCGAUUCAGACUCGGUUUAUGAGGUUAAGAUUAGGCCACCGAGGGGGACGACGGUGACGGUUGAGCCGAAGAAGCUAUCGUUCAGACGGGUGGGGCAGAAACUGAGUUUUGUGGUUAGGGUGACGACGACGGAGGUUAAACUGUCACCUGGAGCGACAAGUGUCGAGACUGGUCAUAUAGUUUGGUCGGAUGGGAAACGAAAUGUGACUAGUCCCUUGGUGGUUACUCUUCAACAACCUUUGUGAAGGGGUUUUAGGGUUUUGAGACAGGAAAAGUUGUGGUCUCUUUGUUUUUAUAAAAUGUAAAAGGAAGAGAUCAUAAGCUGUUGUUGUUGUCUAAUGUCUACGAUCUUUGUUGGAUGUUCCUGUAAUGUAAAAUGUUGUUGGAUGUUCCUGUAAUGUAAAAUGUAUCUUUUGCUGUUUAAGAUACAUAAUCUUAGAAUCCAAUAAGAACAUGAUUAACCCGGG